GAAAUCGGAGUAGAUGGCCAGAGUGAAUUUACGAACGAACCCUUCAUUUUAUAGACGAUGACGUUGACCAUGUGAUCAGAUAACCAAGAUGGCGUCGGGGCAACAGUGGGUGUUAGUGGAGAUGGUACAAGCACUCUACGAGGCACCUGCCUACCAUCUGGUCCUGGAGGGGAUCCUCAUAUUGUGGAUCAUCAGACUCCUGUUUUCAAAGACGUACAAACUACAGGAGCGUUCAGACCUCACAGAGAAGGAAAAGGAGGACUUGAUCGAAGAAUGGCAACCAGAACCCCUUGUCCCUCCUAUGUCCAAAGACCAUCCUUCCCUCAAUUAUGACAUAGUCACUGGCCCGCCAAGCCACAAAAUCAUUGUAAAUGGAAAAGAGUGCAUUAACUUUGCUUCAUUUAACUUCUUGGGUCUCCUUGACAACGAGCGAGUGAAGCAAAAGGCCUUGACUUCUCUCAGGAGGUAUGGUGUUGGUACCUGUGGUCCAAGAGGGUUCUAUGGAACCUUUGAUGUCCACUUGGAGUUAGAGGAUCGUUUGGCCAAGUUCAUGAAAACAGAGGAGGCCAUUAUCUAUUCCUAUGGCUUUGCAACGAUAGCUAGUGCAAUACCUGCCUACUCCAAGAGAGGAGACAUAGUGUUUGUGGAUGAGGCGGCAUGUUUCUCCAUACAAAAGGGUCUCCAAGCCUCCCGCAGUUUCAUCAAGUACUUCAAACACAACGACAUGGAGGAUCUGGAGAGACUGCUCAAAGAACAGGAGAUCGAGGAUCAGAGGAAUCCUCGGAAGGCCCGAGUGACCAGAAGGUUCAUCGUAGUGGAAGGGCUGUAUAUAAACACUGCAGAUGUUUGUCCCCUUCCAGACCUGGUGAAGCUGAAGUACAAGUACAAGGUCCGCAUCUUCCUGGAGGAGAGCAUGUCAUUCGGAGUGUUGGGAGAACACGGCCGAGGGGUCACGGAACACUUUGGGGUCAACAUUGACGAUAUUGACCUUAUUAGUGCCAACAUGGAGAACGCUGUGGCUUCCAUAGGCGGCUUCUGCUGUGGAAGGUCGUUCGUCAUAGAUCAUCAGCGUUUGUCAGGCCAGGGAUACUGUUUCUCUGUGUCUGCCAGUGUCUUUCAGGCCAGGGAUACUGUUUCUGUGUGUUUCUCAGCGUUUGUCAGGCCAGGGAUACUGUUUCUGUGUGUUUCUCAGCGUUUGUCAGGCCAGGGAUACUGUUUCUGUGUGUUUCUCAGCGUUUGUCAGGCCAGGGAUACUGUUUCUCUGUGUCUGCCAGUGUCUUUCAGGCUAGGGAUACUGUUUCUGUGUGUUUCUCAGCGUUUGUCAGGCCAGGGAUACUGUUUCUGUGUGUUUCUCAGCGUUUGUCAGGCCAGGGAUACUGUUUCUGUGUGUUUCUCAGCGUUUGUCAGGCUAGGGAUACUGUUUCUGUGUGUUUCUCAGCGUUUGUCAGGCCAGGGAUACUGUUUCUCUGCCUCCCUGCCCCCCAUGCUGGCUGCUGCCGCCAUAGAGGCCCUCAACAUCAUGGAGGAAGACCCAGACAUUUUUACCAUCCUGAGGGAGAAGUGCAAAUGCGUCCACAAAGCGUUGCAAGAAAGUCCUGGGCUGAAGGUUGUAGGGGAGUCGUAUGCCCCUGCUAUUCACCUGCAGCUGGAGAGGAGCUCUGGAUCCAGAGACACUGACGUGAGGAUGCUUCGCAGCAUCGUAGAUUACUGUUUGGAGAGACGGAUCGCCCUCACCCUAGCUCGGUACUUGGAUAAAGAGGAACGCUUUCUCCCUCCACCUUCGAUCCGGGUAGUGGUCACCAUCGAGCAGACAGAAGAGGACAUUGAGAAAGCUGCAUCCUGCAUCAGAGAAGCAGCUCUGGCUAUCCUCAAAUGAUUCCUGGUUCCUGACCAACGAGACAUGAAAUUCUCCGUUCUCAGAGUUUGCCGACAUUCCCAGGAUUCAACUCCAGGCUUCGCAGAGCAUCAAUAGAGAGGGAAGUUGGAAAGGUCCGUCAUGGCAUAGCCAGGUGUGUUCCUCCACAAACUCGAGAAGACUCGAUAGGUGGACAACACUCCGUGAGGAGCAUUGUCGAUUUUUUUAAAAAUCAGAUUAUAUCCUUUUUGCAGCUACUUAUUUUAUUGACCUCAUUUGCUGGCGAUCCUCAUUCACUUUCUCACAUCUAAAUGAAUGUAAAAUGUGGGCCUCGUCACCCAACCGUCAUUCAGUUCACUAUCUGUUUGAAUUAAGGUUGCAAGUCUUAACUAAUAAACAAUUAAAUAUUUGAAACCAAGAGCUGUAUCAUUUUGUAAGUUAAAUUACUUUUUUUAUAUAUAUAUAUACGGUAUUGUAACACCGUUUUUCUCUCUUUUGUUUUUGUUUUUCAUAUACUGACACAAACCAAAUUGUGUAUAUUAUGAUUUUCCCGCUUUUGACCAAAUGUUAGAUUGUAUUCCAAAAAGCGUUUCAUAUUAUCGCACUGCGUUGUAUGAAAUGCACCUAUUUAUGUUAUGUUUUGUCUUGUAUACAAAUUAAUAUUUUAUUACAAGCGCUCACUGAUUUUUAAGCCUUGCAAGAUUGUUUCUCUUUCACAUCUCACCAAUCGCCCCACUUGCCAUCAUGGCUAGGUCAGCCUGCAUUGACACCAUGACGGUAUGUAUCAUUGGGGAUUUGGAUUAUUAUGUUAAGUUAGGCUCUUUGAACGUAUUACAUAUUUGUUCUGUUACUAAUCAUUAAGUAACUUUUCUCUGUGUUUUAAGUGUUAAAAAUUAUUUGCGGUUUGAUUUGAACAGUUCAUUUUCUUCAUUAGAUCACGAAUGAUUGUUACACAGGUGAAAUUUGUAUGCAAACCAUUCUAUGUAAUUUGAGAUAGUUUUAACAUGCCAACUUGAAUAUAAAUAUUUGCACUGUAUUUGCACUGUGAUGCACAUCAAUCUCAUUUUCACUUUGAAGCCUAUUGUUGAGUAACAUAAUGACACACUACUGAAUAACAAGCUAGUGUCACCUUUUUGUACCACACACAUACUCACUGGUUCAUUUAUACAAAAUCCAAUAUGCAGUAUAUUAUGUGCCUUUGUUGCUAACUGUGCUAUCAAUUUGAAUGACUAUUAAUCAAAUAAAUGGGAAAAUUGUGA